GUAGCUAAGUCAAUGAUCACGAGACAGCCGCAAACCAGCUCCCAGGCCUUCAGACACAGCAAAACAAUACCGGUACACAAGUGCCGAGGGGUUGGUUCACCCCAAUGUUGAAUGAGAAAAUGGUUGACGCCCUUGGCGAUUUCGAUCAGGGAGAUAUUUGGAUCAGCAAGAUCUUUCCCUUCCUGGGGAUGGGACAUUACGCAAUGGUGGCCGGGGUCUGCAAAGAACUGAAAGAAUGGUACAAGGCGUAUUGCGCCUCCGUGGAGUGUCCUCCCAGAGUGUGGAAUUUCAGAAAGUACGUCAGAGUUAGUAUCCUGGCAACAACCACAAGUACAUUUUAUGGUUCCGUCUUUGCAACUGUAGCUUGUGCCGAAUACUGGUACACCCGGACCCAUGGCACACUCACGAGAAAACUCCGGGCUGCCGUGUGCUCUAAAGCUGCGAGAGCUGGGAGUAUCGAUGUUAUGCGAUGGGCGCUCCAAAUGGGGUUCACAUGGGAUGAAAACACAUGUGCUACUGCUGCUGGCUGUGGAUACCUAGAAAUGGUUAGGUGGCUGCACCACAAUGGUUGUCCAUGGGAUGCAUCCACUUGUACCGAAGCUGCUGCAGGUGGCCAUUUGGAGGUUAUAAAGUAUGCUCAUGAUAACGGUUGUCCCUGGAAUUCAAUGACCUACUCCAAUGCUGCAGAAAACUGCAAUUUUGAAGUGAUCAGAUAUGCCCACGAGAAUGGUUGUCCUCGGGAUGCAGAAACCUGCAAUAAGGCUGCAUCUGCGGGUAAUCUCAAACUGGUGAAAUGGCUUAAUGAAAAUGGUUUUCCAUGUGAUGGAGAGACGUGCGGUCGAUUGGCAGCCAGAGGUGGUCAUCUUGAUGUGCUCAAAUGGCUUCAUGAAACAGGUUUUCAAUGGUAUCGGUUCACUUGCACUGCUGCUGCAAAAUUUGGCCACCUGGACUGUCUCGAAUUUGCCCAUGAAAAUGGUUGUUCAUGGAAUAGAAACACGUGCUCCCAAGCUGCAGGAAGAGGCCACUUGGACUGCCUUAAGUUUGCCCAUGAAAAUGGUUGUCCAUGGAAUGAAACGACCUGCUUUCUUGCUGCUAAAAGGGGUCAUCUUGAAUGCCUGAAGUAUGCACAUGAAAAUAGCUGUCCGUGGGAUGAAUCAGUGUGCCUUGUGGCUGCUAAAAAGGGUCACAUUGAGUGCCUGAAGUAUGCCCACAAAAAUGGUUGCCCUUGGGAUCAAUCAAUCAGCCAUUCAGCAGCAAGAAAUGGCCAUUUAGACUGCCUCAAAUUUGCCCAUGAAAACGGAUGUCCGUGGGAUGACAAUGCUUGCACUGUUGCAACAGAAAACGGCCACUUUGAGUGCCUGAAAUUUGCACACGAACAUGGUUGUCCAUGGGAUGAAACAACUUGCUCUGCUGCUGCUGCUGCCGGAGACGUUUCAACAUUGCGAUGGCUCCAUGAAAACGCCUGUCCAUGGGAUGAACGGACUUGCAAUGCUGCAGCUGCAGGUGGUGAUUUGUCAACAUUGCAAUGGCUCCAUAAAAAUGGCUGUCCCUGCGAUGAAGGAACCUGCAAAGCAGCUGCAAAACAAAGGGGAAUUCAAAACGCUCAAGUGGCUACAUGAGCAGAGUUGUGCUUGGGACAAGUUCACCUGCUUAGAAGCUGCAAAGUUUGGUGAUUUGGAAAUUGUGAUGGGGAUCAAUGAUAAUGGCUGUCCUUUGGAUGAAGAAACUCGCAGCAUGGUUGCUGCGCUGGGGUUGGUUGUAUUAGAUCGAAUCGAAUCCAGGAAGCGAUAAGACUGACUAGUACCGGUAGGAGCAACUGAAGUGUGUCGAAUAGUACGAGACUGUUUCCGCAAAUCAUGGAGGGAGUGCCUUUUGCGUCUAGUACAUGUACUGUAAGCCAAGAGAACGACACUCAUGCAUAAGAUGAGCGAUUAGUACUGUUACUUGUUUACUUUCU